CCACAGCCAGCUACAAUUUGGCUGUAGCUGGUUACGUGAAGACGUUGUAGCCUACUACCAGAGUUCUAAAUGAAAAUGGAUCGCUUUCAAGUAAGCAACAGCAACCAGUUGGAUUAUAAUAUGGAUUCGAAACACGGGAAAGUGUUGCCCUGCAACGACGACCGAGUGGACAGCGGUGUUUAUUCUUUGCAAGAAGAGGAAGACGCAUGUAAUGGCAUUUUGAACGACAUGAAAAGCCUGACUGUGGCUCCCGUGGAUUCAAGAGAGUACACCAGCGAGCCAUGGAAACUGGAAAGAACUGAAGACGGAGACACACUUCUUCAUCUUGCCAUUAUCCACGAGGCAGAAGACUAUGCAAUCCAGAUGAUUCAACAUUCACGGAACGAUCCGUUCCUCAAUGUACAGAACCACCAGAGACAGACUCCCCUCCACCUGGCAGUGAUCAUGGAGCAGCCUCAGAUUGUAGACCGGCUCCUAAAGGCUGGCUGUGACCCCCAGGUGGUGGAUGAAUUUGGGAACACUGCCCUGCACAUCGCCUGCAAGAAGGGAUCCCUGCACUGCUUCAGUGUGCUAACCCAGGCCUGCACACAACAGCUUCAAUCCAUCCUGGCCACCCCCAAUUACAGUGGACACAACUGUCUGCACCUCGUCUCCAUUCAUGGCUUCCUAUCAAUGGUGGAGAUGCUUAUUGAACUUGGUGCAGAUAUCAAUGCCCAGGAGCAGUGCAAUGGCCGCAGCCCGCUUCACCUUGCGGUGGACCUCCAGAACUUGGAGCUGGUACAACUCCUCAUCGCCAAGGACGCCAAUGUCAACAGCCUGACCUAUGGCGGGUACUCGCCGUACCACCUCACCUACGGGCGGCAGAACGCAGAGAUCCAGCAGCAGCUGUAUGAGCUCACAGAUCAUGAGCUGAGAGAGCUGCCAGAGAGCGAGGCUGAGGACAGUGACGAAGAAGCUCUGUCUGACGAUGACAUGAUGUAUGAUGACUUUCAGUGGAUGGGGCAAAAGUAAGGCUGUGUCCAUGUUACCAAACACAGUGACUGAGAGAAAACGGCAGCAGACCGAUCCUGCGUGGCAGAGCAUGGAAGGUGUGCAAUAAGAGCACCAGACCCAUGAUCAGCAAGCAGGAGACCCGGUUAGAAAAUCACCGGAGCGACAGGCAUUCGUGCCAGGCGACAGCAGUUCUGGAUGAGAGGGACAGAGAGAAUCGGUGAAGAACAGAAGCAUAGCAUAAAGAUGCCAAGAGAAAAGGAGACUCAUACUUUCACAAAAGCACAAGCUAAUAUGAGACUGGACAGUUUACUGUAUUGUAAAUAGCUAUAUGUAUAGAUAUCUAUUUUUGUAAAAUGUAAAUAUGUUUAAAAAUGGUUUACAACACUAUUAUGUACAUAUUCACAUGUGGACAGACCUAGCACACUCCUUUGAAUUAAAGAAAAUAUAUUUUAAAA